UUAAUAAUUCUGAUCAAUUCUCACGAACUCGCUGUCGCUGAUCAAACAUCUCAUUUGCUGCCGUCAAACUUUGAAUCGGAUCAUUAUCCACCAAAGUUUCUUGAGUUCAGCUACACAUCUUUUUCCACAUUGAAAAUGAAAUUUUAAACCAUGAAUGGAACGUUUUUCAUAGAAUCGAUUGGUCAUUUAUUCUAUUUGGUAAGCCCAAACAGAACAUCAUUUCAAAAAUUACGAGAUGUUCCAAGAUAUGCAGAUGAUGCUAUUCCAAACCUAACAGCCAUGUUUCUUCUAGAAAUAUGCAUAUCCAUGUAUACUAAAAAAUCGAAAGUAAGAUUAAAUGAUGCCAUCACUUGUUUGUCUCAAGGAAUGUUUAUGGAUGUUGUUGGAUUUUUCGCUCCAGGAGGACAACUGGUUACUUAUUUGUACGUCUAUCAGAACUGGAGACUUGUAGACCUGCCCUGGAAUUCUUUAUGGACAUGGUGGUUUUGUUUUUUGGCAUUUGAUUUUUUUUACUACUGGGGACAUCGUGCAGUUCACGAAAUAAAUAUUUUAUGGGCAACUCACCAUGUUCACCAUAGUUCCGAAGACUAUAACAUCUCGACAAAUGUAAGGCAAUCUAUAUUGCAGUACUUAUAUCUUUGGGUUAUGUUUCUACCGAUAGCAUUAUUUGUUCCAUUACCUAUGUACUAUGCUCAUUCUCAAUUCAGCCGCCUUUAUCAAUUCUGGAUACAUACAGAACUCAUAAAAUCUCUUGGACCCUUGGAAUAUGUCCUGAACACACCGAGCCAUCAUCGAGUGCAUCAUGGUAGAAACAGAAACUGCAUUGAUAAAAAUUAUGGAGGAACUCUUAUUAUUUGGGAUAGGCUUUUUGGCACUUUUGAAGCAGAAAAAGAAGAAAUAUUGUAUGGUUUGACACAUCCAAUUAAUUCUUUUGGCCUAUUUCAAAUUCAGUUCGACCAUUGUGUUUACAUGUGGAAAGCUUUCUGGAGUUAUAAAGGAAUAAGGAAUAAACUAUCCGUACUGUUUAAAGGUCCUGGUUGGUCACCUGGCAAACCUUGGCAUGGGGAAAUAAACGACAUACCUGAUGUGAAAGCUCCCGUUCCUAAAUAUGAUGUGCAGCUCCCAAUCUGGUGCAAUGUCUAUGUAAUAUGCCAAUUCCUUAUACUAGUUCAAGGACAUCUAACUAUAAUGGAGUUUUAUCAUGCACUUCCCCGUUUAGUAUUUAAUGUAGCUGUCAUUGAAGAAAUAUUCUCUUUAUACGCAAUUGGGAUUCUUCUGGAUAAGAGGACUUAUUUUCCAAAGGUGGAGUUAAUCAGAUGCCUGCUGCACUUCGCUAUUGAAUACUAUUUGCUUCAAUAUUCGAAAAUUACCACUUCCAUUAUUCAAGCAAGAUGGCUUCCAGUGAUGAUGAUUCAAGCAAUUCAAUUAAUUUCUCUCAUUUUUUGGUUAGCUUAUUGUACUCUGGAAGUAUCCAUUAAGGGAAAACAUUUACGACGUAUGAUUUUGGGAGAUCGAUUCAAAACAAUAUAAAAUUAAUUUCUGAUUACAUUUUUCUUUGUGAAAAAGCUUUUCUAAAAGUUGUACCUAUUACAUUUAACCUGAUAUUAAAUAAAAAAUAAAAUUACUUUUUAAAUUUU